GUUUCCACGGUGGUGCCAUCUGCGGCUAAGCCACGUCAUAUUUUGAGACUCAAACUCUUCAGUUUCUUUUACCAAAAUGAAUAUAUUUCGACUAGUGGGAGAUUUAUCGCAUCUAUUAGCAAUAAUAAUCUUACUGCUGAAAAUAUGGAAGACUCGUUCUUGUGCAGGGAUCUCUGGAAAAUCCCAAAUACUCUUCGCGUUGGUGUACACAACGCGAUACUUGGAUCUCCUGACGUCUUAUAUAUCAGCAUACAACACUGCCAUGAAGAUAUUUUUCAUCGCUGCUUCCUACGCAACAGUGUACUUGAUGUAUGUCAAAUUCAAGGCAACAUAUGACCACAAUCACGACACUUUUCGAAUUGAAUUUCUGCUAAUUCCGGCUGUAGCACUGGCGCUCCUGAUCAACCAUGAAUUUACAGUGUUGGAGGUACUGUGGACUUUUAGCAUCUACCUUGAAUCAGUGGCAAUCCUACCUCAGCUGUUUCUGGUCUCAAAGACUGGUGAGGCAGAAAGCAUAACAUCACAUUACCUGUUUGCUCUGGGAGCUUACAGAGCACUUUACCUACUGAACUGGAUAUACCGUUACUACACCGAAGAACAUUACGAUCUCAUUGCCAUUGUAGCUGGUAUUGUCCAGACAGUACUAUAUUGCGACUUUUUCUACCUGUAUAUUACCAAAGUUUUAAAGGGAAAGAAACUACAGCUUCCAGCUUAAGGUGCAAAGAACGUAAAGACCUCUGUUUAAAUUGAGGUUGAGCUUGUUUUAUGCCAAAUGUUAGUCAUCUGUGUGGGAUUAGCUGAAAAGAGAUGACGACUUAUGAAGAAUAUGAUUGUGAAACACUAGUGUUAAGUGCACAGAAACAUUUCAUUAGUGUCAUGCUGUUUGCAUGAAACUGAAACUAUAAACUUAAAUUCACUUACAUAUAUGCACAUCGUUGGACUCAAGGAUGAAGUUUCAUUAACAUGUAGUUUUGUAACAGAUGUUUGAUAAUUUAAUAUACUUUCAUUUUAGUAGUCUUAUUAUUCUCAAGACUGCAUGUGAAUAUGUGUGAACUUCAUGUUACGAUUGUGUAUGAAUAUAAAGCAGUUUCAGAAAAAAUACUUCAUGAAAUUAUUUGUAUCUAAGAAGUUACCAUAUGGAAUUCUAUUUCUGUUUGUUAGAAAUAUUACAGUAUAGGAGCCAGUGUGUACAAACAUGUUUUUCUAAACUCAGUGGGGUGAAAACAUUCCUGGUAAAGGUAUCUUUAAUGUGAAGUAAUUCAGAAUAAUUGUCACAUUGGCUGCUAUUUUUAAUUUAUUUUCUUGUUUACAAAGAAGCUGAUUAAAGAAGCACAUUACAGACAUAGUUUCUAACUUGGUGCAUUUACUGUACAGUAUUUUUAAGUAGUAUGUAUGCUACUUAUUUAUACCAUAUACCACUUCUAAGAAAAAAUGAAUUGCAUGAUUGAGAUUUGCUGUAUGACUGUGGCUGUUUAUUUCAAAGCUGUAAAAAGUUUUAAUGUGUGAUUUAAGUUGUGAUGACUGUUUUUGUACCUCAUGCUGUAAAAAUUGCUGUAUUUUCUAAAAUACAAUAUGACAUCAAAUGAGUCCUGUUCAGUGGUUAAGACAAUAGUAAGAGAAUAUUUACAGAGAUAGUAGAAUUCCACUAUAGUAUUCUACUAAUUAAUUUCAAACAGCGGUGCAUAUUCGUAUGAGCAUUUGUCAUCAUAUGGGAAGAGGAACUAAAACAAGUUUUAUGGGUAUUCAAGGGGUUUUUUCGGGAAUGGUUUACUUAAUUCAGUGAGAGAAUAAUGGCACUUGGAGAAAAAACUAUAGUACUUAUCAGAUAAAUGGAAUGAUUGUCACUAGUAGCAAUUUUAUUUUGUUACUUGUAAUGUUUUUUCAUAGAUGAAUAUCAGGCAUGAAUGGCCAGUUACAAAAAAAUCCAUAAAUGAAUAGACAGUAUGAAAAGACAUAAAAUGUGUAUAAGUUUCUCCCACAACAGUGAGCACCUGUUUCACUUGCUUCAUAAUUCUUCCACUAGAAUAAUGUAUUAUGUGUAGAUCUCAAUGAUUAACCAUCCUCCUUACUGAAUAUCUGCAUUCAGUUUCUUUUUCCUGUAUUAAAUAUCCAGAAAUGUUUUGGUUCUUUAGUUUUAUUCCUACUGUCUGUGUCAUUACACUAGCAUCAGGUAUUCUUUUCUCUAUUCUUAUACUUGAGAAAUGUGUUUGAUAUUGAGCUUCCUAUAGUGUAAUCAGGAGUUAUUGAUAUGCUUUUUCCUUGGAUGUGAACAUUAUCAUACAUAUCACUAUAAUGCAGUUACUGACAAGGGUGUUCCUUCUUGCCAUCUUUCCAUAAUGGUCAAUGUGAACCAUCAGGUUCUACAUUAUUUCCAGUAUCUUUUGUGGGUUGCAUGUAAGGUUUUUGUAACCAAAUGCCUUUAUCACCAGUAGCAUACUUCCAGGUAUUUUGCCAAGUUGUUGGCUGCAUUUUGUGCACAAAAUGCAAAUAAUAGCUCAGUAGAGCACCAGAAGCACAUUAUUAAUCAAUCAUGUGGAGAACACCAGAGAGAUCACCGUCUAUAUUUGCAUUUGAUGGUUCUUUCUCCCUCCCUAGUUGGAAAAUAUAUUUCACCAAUUGAGUAUCCUCUGCAGAUAUUUGCAGCCAGAGAAACAAAAAAAAUUGGUUUCUUUUUAAUUUAAUUUUUUUCCUUAAUAAUCUUACUAUUGUGAGAACCGAAUUCAUCUUCACUUUUAGCAACAUAACUUCAUCACACACAGUUACUUUUCUAGUUCGCAAAUUUGAGUAGCUGGGUACAGACAUAGGACAAUUUUUGUGUUACGUAAGUUACAAAAAAAAUGCCUUGAACUAAGCACCUGCAAAAUAAUGGAGAUAGUAAGUAAGCACUGGCUACAAACACCAAAGGAAAUGCAUAUUGUCAUUGUGUCUUCACGACUUGGAAGUAUUUGUGGCAUGUGGAGCCACUUUCUUUGGUUAUCCAAAUACAGAUACUUUUGUUAUAUGUAAAACUGGUGGUACUGUUUGCAUCUAUUGCCCUGUUAGCUGUUGUGUGUGAAAUUAAGCUCAUUUGUAUUAAUGAGUCAUUUUACCAGAAGCUACUCAGAGAAAAUGUGUGUACUUAAAUGCUUCAUGAACUUUGUCAUGCAACAUAUGUUUUGGAAUUAAAACUUUAUGUCAAGAUGGAAACAGACACAUGUACUAUUUUGAAUUAGCAGGAAACUACAGUAUAAGAGGCACACACACAAAUAACUGUUUGUGCUAAUCAAAGAUUGUGUUCUGAGAGUCAUAUAGUGUAAUUUCAUCACAUUCAAACUUGACGAUUUUAAAAAUUAUAGACGUUCUUGGAUCUGA